AUGACAGACCCAUUUAUUAUUCAUGAGUAUUUUCAGCUACUAGGAAAUACAUUAGCCGAUCUCAAUUUGUUUGACCGUCCCGAUUUAAUUUGGAACUUGGACGAGACCUCUCUGUGUCUAGAUCCUUCAAAGACGAAAGUAGUAGGUGCGGUUAACAAGCCUUGUUGCAGCGCAACAUUUGGCAGUGGCAAAGAAAAUAUUACUGUUUUAGCGGCCGCAAAUGCCGCUGGCCAAAAAAUUGCACCCUUAAUAGUAUUUAAGGGGCAAUAUGUAUGGAAACAGUGGACGACUGAUAAAAAAGAUUAUGAAUUUGAGUUGACAUACGCAUCAAGCAGCAAAGGUUGGAUGGAGGGUACGAUAUUUGUGAAUUACUUGAAAAAAGCAUUAUUUCCGGCGCUCGGUGAAGAACGCCCCGUUUUGAUUAUUUACGAUGGCCAUUCAUCUCAUGUGACUGUAGAUGUCGUACAACUGGCUAUCCGACAUGGAAUCACAAUCUUAAAAUUACCACCUCACACCUCCCACUUAUUACAACCAUUGGAUGUGGCGGUCUUUAGAUCAUUUAAGUGUAAGUGGGAUGCUAAAUUAGUUAUAUGGCAGCGCCAUAAUGUCGGACUUAAAAUGCCUAAAAAUGUUUUUUCUCAAACGUUUGCAGACACGUGGCAAGAAACAAAUGCCGAGAUAAUAAAAAGCGGCUUCAAAAAAACUGGAAUAUAUCCGUUCAACCCUGAUGUAUUAACACAGGAUAUAUUUGAACCAGCUGCCUACAAACGAUUUAAAGAAAAGCUACGCACAAAUGCUCUCAAAAAUCCGAAACCUCUGCAAAAUUUAUGUAUUGACGUUUUUAAUAAGAUUUUACAGUUUGCACCUGACUUAGAAGAACAAGUGGAACGAGUAGUUACACACACGAAUACUCAAAAUGUCACCUUCUUAUCAGACCUUUCAAGAAAAGAUAAUCAGACGCAGUCUUUUUUGGCAAAUAAUAUUUCCAGUUUACCAGAUUGUCUAAAAUGCAAGCAAAAUGUAAAGCCUGAGCCAAAAAUUAAAAUUUUAUCCAAUGUAAAGGUCAAUUUUCAAGAAUUGCUGCUCGACAAAAUAAAACAGGAUAAGAAGGAUAUUAAUUAUCAAACAAAGAAAACACGUGUUGCUAAAGGAGCUGAAAUAAUAACUUCUAAACAAUUAGAAGACUUGGAAAAGCAAAGUAACGAAACAGCGUUACAAAAAGCUAAGCCGAAAAAAAGGAAGUCAAUAAAAGAUAUAGAUUUCGCAGAUGUGGGACCUUCAGGUAUAAAAAAAGUGAGUAAACAGAAAAAACAGGGUAAGAAAAAACAUAAAAAGGAAAUAGAUUCGAAUGAAUCUUCGUCUGAUAUUUCUGAUUUUAUAAGCCUCUACAGUGACGACAUAGACAUUGAUCAAUAUUAUAACGAUGAAACACUCAGAGAAGAAAAUUGGCCAGAUGAUUUAAAUUUUGAGAUGGAUACUUUAAAUUCUUUGGAAACAUAUGAGAAUAAAGAAAUUUCAAAUGAAGUUAAAGAAUGCGAAAAUGGAAAUCCUCAUACCAAAACUAAAAAUAAAAGUGUGGGUAAAAAGAGUAAAGCAAAAGAAAAUAACCAAGGCUCAAAAGAAACUAAUGAGAGUGAUGAUGACUCUAGUGUAGUAGGUAAUAUUAACAAAAAUUUAACAAAUACCACAGAAAUUGAAACACUACAAGAAAAUUACUGCGUAAAUGAUUCCGUGUUAGUCAGAUAUUACGUUAGAAAAACAUGGAAAUACUAUAUUGGAUUUAUAAAAGGAAUAAAAGAAAAAGACGGAAAUAGAUUAUAUUGUAUCGCUUAUUUAAAAACUAUGAAAGCACCCCAACUUUGUUUCAGAGAAACUAAAAAAUUAGAUUAUGAUGAAAUUACAAAUAUAUCUAUAGUAAAGAAAAUAAAUUUGCACAGAAUGAAUGAUAAAAUGUAUAGAUUGGUUAAUGAGAGCGACAACAUAUAUUUUUAA